UCAAUGCAUUAGUGGACUUGUAUUUAUAGUGUUUUGUGACUUUAAGACUUUUAAUUUAAGAAAUUUAGAUAUAAGGCAUUGCCUGUCAUAGGUUCAUAGAAAAAAGUAUCCGUUUAUCAUAAAAUAAUUAUAAAAGCAAACAUGGCACAAUCAAUGAUGAGAAAGAUUGCUUUGAGCAACAUGUUUGUCAUGGUGGGUUUGACAAGAAGAGCUAGCUCUCGAAGUCUAGCUACAGGUAAAAAUUUGAUGGCGAAGAAGACCAGUAAUGAUUUACCACCAGAAGAGGAAAUCACAAAGUCAGUAUUUAUGUCACAGUCAACAGACAUAUACACAAACUUGGCUCUAGAAGAUUGGAUGUACCGUAACAUGGACUUUAGUAAGCAUCAUGUUAUGAUGGUUUGGCGAAAUGAGCCAUGUGUUGUCAUCGGAAGACACCAGAACCCUUGGCUUGAAGCUAAUGUGCCCUUCUUAUCUGAGAAGGAAAUAGCAUUGGCUCGACGCAACAGUGGAGGUGGUACUGUAUAUCAUGACCGUGGCAACUUAAAUAUUACUUUCUUUACACCUAGAGAAAGAUAUGACAGAAAGUAUAACUUGGAGCUCAUUAAAAGAGCAUUAUUCAGGGGUUUUGGAAUUAAAUCUAUCAUCAAUGAUCGUCAUGACAUUAUAGUCAGAGAUAAAUACAAAAUUUCUGGAACGGCUGCAAAAUUAGGACGUUUAACAGCAUAUCAUCAUUGCACACUUCUAGUCAAUGCCAAUAAGGCAGAUCUCAGCAAAGCACUAGCUAAAAGAGAGCAUGGCAUACAGACGAACGCGACUCCGUCCACGCCAUCUCCCGUGGUGAAUUUAUCGGACUUGGACAAUCGGGUUACUGUUGAGAGUCUUCAAACUGCAGUCGGCUAUGAAUAUCUCCGAACACCUGCUCUGCAGUUGGAAGAUGGUGGUGAACGACACAUCUCAAAACAGAGAGGAUUUCAAUUCAUAAAUCCCACUGAAGACUGGUUUCCAGGUCUAUCAGAAUUGAAGAACGAUCUUCAAACGUGGGAUUGGUCGUUUGGCCGCACUCCUAUGUUCACGGUGAGCCGAUCCUUUCCCGUGCCGUCGGAGCUACUUGCGCCAUCCAAGGUCUACUCAGCCGCUCAAGAGUUGGUUAUCAGCAUGACAGUGGAAAAAGGUCUUAUAAAUGAUGUCACUCUUAACAUACCUCCUGGCCUGGUCGAAUCAGGAUUCCACGGGGAGGCAUCCGUGAUCACCCAUAUGAAAGGGAAAAGGUUUACGUCUGAAGCACUUAACGCCCUCCAGGACGCGAUGCUCACGCGUCACACAAGUGGAGAUGUCAAAAAGUUGGAUGAAAAGGAACAAUUUGUCGCAAAAUGUUUCGACCAAGUCGUUAAUACCGUUUAGUUUAAAUUAAAUUUAAUGCAGUGGUGCUGAGUUUAGUGUAAGUAUUACUGUGGCAUUGUCAUUAUACAUAAUAUACUGUUUGUCCACUGAUUGUAAAUUUUAUCUUGUUAUAUGGAUAUUAAGAUACAUAUGGUUUAAAGGUUAAAUCGUAAACUGUGCUAUUGGUACUUGUGAUUGUGUAAAAUUAAUUUUUAAUACAAUUUAAUAUUGUUAAUUUUGUUUUGUUAUAUAUUUUUCAAAGCUUAUUGCAUUCGAAUAUUAUUCUAACAAUAUCAUAUUUGCUUUGUUAUUAUUUUAGUUUAGUGUUUUAUCAUAUAAUGUGGGAGACUCGUUAUGUGUGUUGCAUGCGUUAAUGCCUCGUUUUGUUUUGAUUUUAUCAUUAGAAUGAUACAUUUACUUGGAGGACUUAUAUAUGCAACAUCUCGUCACGUGUCUCUGAGGUCCUGCGAGUCGCAAGUUCGUGUCGAACGCUACAAGAAUGCAUCAUAUCAUUUGUUUUAAUUAAAUUUUAAUUUCGUUACCGAAUUAAUGUAUCCGCGUUUUUUUUUACUUAUAACAUAUUACGUAGCAUGUAUUUUGUAACGUUUUUAUGUCUAGAUUUCUAUUUAACCUAGACCAUUUCAUCAUUCACCCACAUUGUUUCACAAGAUCUGCCCGAAACGGGUACUUUUUUAUAUGGAAUGGACAUAAGGCACAUCUAGUUUAUGUAGGUUUUUGUUAAUCUUUAUAGAUAAGGUAAUGUAAACUUUUCUAUCCAAUAUUACUUUUGAUAUUAGACAAUUAUUUAGUACUAAGUAACAAAAUUUUAUCUCAUUGUAUUUUAUGAUAUAUUGAAAUAAAUCUAAUGGUAUUAUUGUA